AUGGUGCUAGACUUAGAUCUUUUUCGUGCCGAUAAAGAUGGGGAUCCUGAUAAAAUUCGCGAAAAUCAAAGGAAACGUUUCAAAGACGUUGCUUUAGUGGACACUGUAGUGGAACAAGAUACCUUAUGGAGAAAAUUACGCCACGAUGCCGACAACCUAAACAAACUGAAAAAUGUAUGUAGUAAAGAGAUCGGCCAAAAAAUGAAGAGUAAAGAACCCGUUGGCGCUGAAGAUGAGGCCGUACCUCAAGAAAUCGCUGAUAACCUUAUUAAUCUUACCGGUGAACAGUUACGACCUCUCACAGUCAAUCAAAUUAAAAAGGUCAGAGUAAUGAUUGAUGAAGCAAUUACGAAAAAUGAGCAAGCUUUGGUAGCAGCUGAAAAGACUCGAUCCGCUGCACUCAGAGAAGUUGGCAAUCAUUUACAUGAGUCUGUGCCCGUUGAUGAUGACGAGGAUCAUAAUGCAGUGGAAAGGACAUUUGGAGACUGCAGCUUUAGACAAAAAUAUUCUCAUGUAGAUCUUAUAUGCAUGAUUGAUGGAAUGGAUGGAGAAAGAGGUGCAGCUGUUUCCGGUGGCAGGGGAUAUUACCUAAAGGGUCCAGCGGUAUUCCUUGAACAGGCUCUAGUUCAACUUUCACUUAGAAUGCUUCUAGAAAGAGGUUACACACCAUUAUAUACACCCUUUUUUAUGAAAAAAGAGGUAAUGCAAGAGGUUGCACAACUUGCACAAUUUGAUGAAGAGCUGUACAAGGUCAUUGGCAAAGGUUCAGAAAAUAAAGGUGAUAGUGCUGUAGAGGAAAAAUAUCUCAUAGCUACUUCAGAGCAGCCCAUUGCUGCAUACCACAGGGAUGAAUGGCUUCCUGAAGCAUCUUUACCUAUUAAAUAUGCUGGUCUAUCCACAUGUUUCCGACAGGAAGUGGGCUCACAUGGUCGAGACACCCGUGGUAUCUUCAGAGUUCAUCAAUUUGAAAAGGUAGAGCAGUUUGUUCUUACCUCUCCCCAUGAUAAUGCAUCAUGGGUAAUGAUGGAUGAGAUGAUAAAAAAUGCAGAGGACUUUUAUCAGUGCCUUGGUAUUCCCUACCGAGUUGUCAAUAUAGUGUCUGGAGCUUUAAAUCAUGCAGCUUCUAAGAAGCUUGACUUGGAGGCAUGGUUCCCUGGCUCUGGAGCCUUCCGUGAACUUGUCUCAUGUAGUAACUGUCUGGAGUAUCAAGCUAGACGUUUACUUGUUAGAUAUGGUCAAACAAAGAAAAUGAAUGCAGCAACUGAAUAUGUCCACAUGCUUAAUGCCACAAUGUGUGCCACCACACGCGUUAUUUGCGCCAUAUUAGAAGUCAACCAAACAGAAGAGGGUAUUAAGGUACCUGAGGCCCUCAAACUCUGGAUGCCAGAACAGUAUCAAGAAUUAAUUCCAUUUGUUAAGCCCGCACCCAUAGACCUAGAGGCAGCAGCUUCUGCUAAGAAGGGCAAGAAGAAUGAAAAGAAAUAG